CUUUCGGUCAUUUUCCCUUGGCGAGUGAGUCAACUCGCUAACGGGGUUUGUCGGCGGGCGGCUGUAGAAGGUCUGACUUUUGGGGAACUAGUGAACAAGAUAUCUUCGUCCCAGCUUUAAAGCUGGCUUAUUACGGGUUUUUGAACUCUUGCAGUCCUGUUGGCUGAAGACUUUGCUCUGCAUCAGUUUUACCCUUUGACAAACCUCCUCUCACAGUCCGCAACUUCCUACCAAAACUCAACUCUCAUCCAAAACUAAACUGAUCCCUUAUUGCACACUUUCCACUUUCCCUCCACACAAAGCCGUCCAGUGACCAUUAUGGGUCUUCAAUCAGACUCUGCCCUCCAAUGCAUCCUCCUUUUCCCACUGCACCUUUUGAUAUGGGUAUAUUCCGUCCUCUCGUUCCUUCCCUGGUACUACAUCACCAAUGCUGGGCAAAAGAAGACCCUGUCUCAGCGGCUCAAGGCCCGCUCCACCUCCGGCAGUACAGAGGGGUCCUACCGCUCUGUUGACCACUUUGACUAUCUGGCCAAGGAAGACUUCCCAGGCAAGGACACUCUGGAUAAGCUAUUUGAUCACGCUGUGCAACGCUUUGGGCAGUCACCAUGUCUUGGCACAAGAGAUAUACUGAGUGAAGAGAAUGAGACCCAACCCAGUGGUAAAGUAUUCAAAAAGUUGAUCCUGGGGGAGUAUCAUUGGCUGUCCUACCGGGAGGUGGACGCUAUUGUCAGUGAGUUUGGUAAUGGUCUGGCAGCUCUUGGUCAACAGCCUAAAAGUACUUUGGCCAUCUUCUGUGAGACGAGAGCAGAGUGGAUGAUUACAGCCCAGACCUGCUUCAGACACAACUUCCCAUUGGUGACAUUCUAUGCCACACUGGGAGAGGAGGCAGUGGCAUUUGGGCUGAACGAGGCAGGAGUCACACAUCUCAUCACCAGCAAAGAACUGCUCGAGACUAAACUUAAGAGUGUGCUUCAGCAGAUCCCAAAAUUGAAGCACGUGAUUUUUGUGGACCAGAAAAAAGGGAGCAUAGAAGGCUACCCAGCAGGACUCUCCAUUCACAGCAUGCAGGCUGUCCGAGAACUUGGGGCACUGCCUGAAAACUCGAACAGGCCAGUGGUGAGGCCUCAACCUUCAGACUUGGCCGUGGUUAUGUACACCAGUGGUUCCACAGGCAGACCCAAAGGAGUCAUGAUCGUUCACAGUAAUCUAAUUGCUGGUAUGACCGGCCAGUGUGAACGCAUCCCUGGACUAGGGCAAAAGGACACUUACAUAGCUUACCUGCCCCUGGCUCAUGUUCUGGAAAUGACAGCGGAGAUCUCCUGUGUGACAUAUGGCUGUCGGAUCGGUUACUCCUCACCUCAGACACUAUCAGACCAGUCCACCAAGAUAAAAAAAGGAAGUAAAGGGGACUGCUCUGUACUUAAACCUACCCUGAUGGCAGCUGUACCAGAAAUCAUGGACCGUAUCAACAAGAAUGUGAUGAGCAAAGUGCAGGAGAUGAAUUACAUUCAGAGAACGCUGUUUACACUCGGCUACAACUAUAAACUGGAGCAGAUUAAGAGGGGCUAUGACGCACCACUCUGCAAUAGGCUGCUAUUCCAGAAGGUGCGAGGUCUGCUGGGAGGGCGGGUGAGAAUGAUGUUGUCAGGAGGGGCUCCUCUGUCCUCAGCCACUCAGAGAUUCAUGAAUAUAUGUUUCUGUUGUCCUGUUGGCCAAGGCUAUGGCCUAACUGAGACCUGUGGAGCAGGCACCAUUACAGAGGUUGCGGACAUCAGCACUGGUCGUGUUGGAGCUCCUCUAAUUUGUUGUGAGAUCAGACUCAGGGACUGGGUUGAAGGUGGCUACACAAACGAGGAUAAGCCUCACCCAAGAGGGGAGAUCUUGAUUGGUGGUCCCAACGUAACCAUGGGUUACUACAGGAGUGAGAGCAAUGAUCAGGACUUCUUUGUUGAUGACAAAGGUCAGCGGUGGUUUUGCACUGGGGAUGUGGGAGAGAUCCAUCCUGAUGGCUGUCUACAAAUAGUAGACCGUAAGAAAGACUUGGUCAAACUGCAGGCAGGGGAGUAUGUGUCCCUAGGGAAAGUGGAAUCUGCACUGAAGAACUGCUCCCUUAUAGAUAACAUCUGCGCUUAUGCAAACAGCGAGCAGAACUACAUUAUCAGCUUUGUGGUGCCCAAUCAAAAGAAGCUAACAGAACUGGCCAAACAGAGAGGCAUAGAAGGAACAUGGGAGGAGAUCUGUACCCACCCUGAUAUGGAAAGAGAGGUUUUAAGGGCGAUCAAGCAAGUUGCGGCUACCAUUAAACUCCAACGUUUUGAGAUCCCCAUGAAGGUGCAUCUGAGCUCAGAGCCGUGGACCCCUGAAACAGGUCUGGUCACCGAUGCUUUCAAGCUGAAGAGGAAAGAGCUUAAGAAUCACUAUCUCCACCACAUUGAGAGAAUGUAUGGGGGUAAAUAAACUCGAAAACCUCCCCCACAGAGUUCCCUUUUUGCUAGAAUUCAUCUGUGUUUGUGUAAAUAAUGUUUCAGGUUUCCAUAUGAGUUUUUGAGCUUUGUGUCCCCCAAGCAUACAAAUGAAAACCAUUUGAACACAAGCUGAAGCUGUAAAGUUGUAGUUGUUGGCUAAACUGUUCUUUUCAUUCUUGUGCUUAAAAAAACAGUAUUGAUUGUCAGAGUUGCACCCGGAGGGCAUCUCUUAUUUAUUAAAAAAUGAUCAGACCAUAACAGCGCUUAACUGCCAUCCACAUAAAUCUUUGUACCCGUUUUGUAACUGAUAUUCCAAGUAUCGGUUUCGUCUGUGUGAUAUUAAUGCAUUGUUGUUACUGGUUCCGUUAAAACUUUAACAGUUAUAUAAUGUUUAAAUAAGAGGCCUACAUAAUGUGUUUAAAUAAGAGGCCUAUGUUGCUUUUUAUUGAGGUUUAGGAGUAGUGAUGUUACUGUGCCUUCAGUCUGCACAGCAGUCAAGCAGAAGUGGGAGGCACCUAGAUCAAAAGGCAAAUGUUGCAGUGAUUUAUUACAUGGAUGGCUAAACUGCCAGUAAUGUUUACCAGGUGUUCUAGAGAAACGUUGACCAUGACACCGGUUCCUAACUGGACGCGAUGCGAAAAAGCAAACAUCAGAUUGUUUUCCCCAGUGAAGUUGUCCUAACCUGUUCCGUGCACCAGCAAAUUUGAAAAAUCACUCGCCCUGGAAGGGAUGGGCAACAUGACCCAGAAAGGGCCGGUGUGGGUGCAGGUCUUUGUUCUAACCCAGCAGUUACACACCUGAGUCUACAAAUCAAGGUCCUUGGCAAAGACUUUUGGUUGACUAAUAGAAUCGGGUUUGUAACGGCUUGGUUGGAACAAAGACCUGCACCCACAUCGGCCCUUUCUGGAUCAUGUUGCCCAUCCCAGUGUGAAGUUUCACGCACUUGUUCCACCUCCAGCCUAUUGUCAUUGGUCAAAAUUGACGCCGACUUCUUUGAUGUUUCCAUUUCCUCUCCAGUCAGCCGUAACACCAGCCAAUAAUGAAAGUGUAACUUCUCCCCCGGUCUGAGCCCAACUCCUCCAACUGCAUAAUUUUGACAAAAUGCUAAAAAGUGGGCAAGGGGCUGAGAGCGGGGGCGGGGUGGGGUGCGUGGAUGUGUGAGGCAGGAAUAGCUGCAGAGAUCCAUGAGACGGACCCAGCGCUUUGCCAGCUCGCCUUCACACAUCGCUGUACCGAGUCCCCUCCACCAGUCCACCGUCCGCUAUGCCCCGACCACCGUGACGUGGAUGCGAUGCAGACAGAAGGAGUCCCCUCUGGACGGGCCAUGGCUUUCCGGCGGUGGAGAGGCGGGCAUAGGGGCAACUGCUUCCCCAGCCCGACCAACCCAGUUGUCCAGUGGUGCCUCUACAGCCGUCAAAAGCACAAGUCCCCGAACCAUUGCACCAAAAUUGAGAAUGAUGAAAUAAUAUAACUGUAAAUUGAGAGAAGUUCAAAAGGUUGGUAGAAAAUGUAAUAAAGCCGCAAGGUUAGCAAGUAAACCCCUCUAAACAAUGAUUAUACUUGAAAAUGAGCGCGGUUUCACAGACUCACACUCAAGCCCCCAGCCCAACCUGUGCAUAAGGGGCACUAACUUUUUUUUUUCUUCCCAUGAUGUAGUAAGUCCCAACCGGUCGACUGUACGUCAGCAUUGGCCUUGUAAGGUUCAGGGCUGAGAUUUAAAACAGUAGAUGGCGUGUUGAGCCAUUUCCAACCCAUGAAACCCGAUUUUUAUAAAAUUGGGGAGAAAUGUCAAGAAUUGAUCUGCUACGUCACCGUAGUUAUAUUCAGCUUACAGCUCAAUUAACACGUUUAAAUGUCAUUUAAUUACAGAAAUUAAAUGACUGAGGAAAUAAUUAAAACUUAAAAUCACGUUAGUUAUGAAUAAACUUUACAAGCGGUGCCAAAAAAAAAAUCACCCCCUCCUCGCCUGUGACAUCACUCCUAUAUAUCUGGACAAUUUUUCGCACUCCAACCGCUAAGAGUUCGCUCACUCGCUGUAUGUUAGGAAGGUGUGAGAUGGUGAUGGGCCACUAAUUAGGACUAUUUGUCUCGCCAUACUGUUACUAUGCUAUCCUGGUCUACCGUGAUUAUUUUAUAUGCUUUAUUUUUUGUCAAAAUGCAUUGGGACUGUCUGACCAAAUGUGUAGACACAUACAUGACUCAGGAAGAUUAAAAUAGCAAAUGUUUUAGUAUAUGAAACGGUCGAGUGGUAUAUUUAUAUAGAAAGCACAUUGCCAAACUCCUGUCCUCCUGUGUGCACCUUAAUAUUUAUUUGGGCAAGCAUGCUGAACUCUUAAGAUGCUUUUAACCAAAACCUAUAGUGAUAACUGGCAUACUGUAACACAGUGCAUAUUUUACCUCAACAAUUUUGUUUGAAAUGUUCCGUCAAAAUGUUUUCACUAUAAUAUGGGAAUGUUUUUGUUAUUUUCUUUGGCAGUUAUUUUAUCAAAACUUUGAGAACAUGGACUUUGGCAGUCAUUUUACAACGUUCUUCUGCGAUACUGAAAAUAUUUAUUCCAUCAUUAAGACCACUUGCUUUGUUUGUUUGUUGC